AUUUGACUAUUAAACCAGGCCAGUUGUGCGCUAUGGUCGGCGCCGUGGGCUCCGGCAAAUCGUCCGUGCUACAUCUGCUGUUGAAGGAGCUGGAUCUCGGCGGAGGUUUUGUGAUACUCAGUCAGGGCUCCUCCAGUCAAGAGCCUUGGAUCUUUAAUGGUACUGUGAGAGAAAACAUAUUAUUUGGCGAGCCCUACGACAAAGCCAGAUACAUGCAAGUUAGUAUAUAAU